UUUGUUUUGCCUGCUGAGUUGAACAGAAUGUGUGCAGGGCAGAGGGAGAUGGAAAGCUAUCUGGCUCUCAUUCUGCUGUCAUCCACAGUCACAUUCAUCACAGCUGAUACUGUCAGGCUGAUGAAUGGUAGCAGUCACUGUGCAGGGAGGGUAGAGACUCUUUAUGGAGGAAAGUGGGGAACGGCGUGUGAGGGUGACUGGGAUAUGAAAAAUGCUGCAGUGGUGUGUAGAGAGCUGGGCUGUGGGGAGGCUGUAGAUGUACUGGGUAAUGCUCACUUUGGACAGGGAUCAGGACUAAUCUGGGCAAAUCAUAGGAUCUGUACUGGAUCAGAGUCCACAUGGGAAAAAUGUGGAGCUGCUACUACUUGGAAAUUGCUUCAGGAAUGUAGUCAUGAGAACGAUGCUGGAAUAAUCUGCUCAGGAGUCAGACUGAUUGGUGGAUCCCAUUGCUCUGGGAGAGUAGAGGUGCUUCAUGGGAAGAACUGGACCACAGUGUGUGAUAUAGUGUGA